GGUUAGGGUUUAGCUAGGGUUUCUACUAUAUGGGAUGCUUCAACGCCUUUUGUGAAAAUCAAUCGAAACGACAGAAAUUAGAACCCUAAUUUUGAUUCUUAGCUUCGAUGGGGCCAGCUACUGCGCUUGCUAAGAAGAAGGGUCAGAAAUCACAGAAGCCAUUGGAGCAACCUAAGAAGAAACAGAAGAAGGAUUUGUUCAUUGCCGGAAAACGCCCCAAGAAAUCGGAGGUUUUUGAUACUUUUGAUAGCCCAAUUGAAGAGGUGGAAGAAGAACAAGAGCAGGAGCAGCUAUUUGAUGUUGCAAAGAAGAAAAAGGGCUCUAAGUCGAAGAAGAAUAUUAAGCAACUGAAAGGCAAGUUUUUUGCUGAUAAGGAUGAGGAUUCCAGCGAAGAAGUAGAUGAUGAUGAAGAUGAUAAGGUGGAAGAAGAAGAAGAAGAAGAACAUGGUGAGUCAGGUUCUGGGUCAGAGUUGUUCUCGGAGGAUGAUGAUGAUGAUCCCUUGGCAGUUGAUUUCCUACAAGGAGGAAGUGAUGAAGAUGAAGAGGAGGAUUCGGAGUCUGAUUCAGAUGAAUCUGAAGCUGAUAUCGUGGAGAAAGCAAGAGCUAUUGAUGAUGAAAGGGCGAGGCAGGAAAAGGAAGCAGAGGAGGAAAUGCAGCUUAACAUUAAAGAAGAAUCUGAUGAGUUCAGAUUGCCGACUAACGAGGAGCUUGAAGAAGAGGCACACAGACCACCUGAUCUUCAGAAUCUUAAAAGGAGGAUAACUGAAAUUAUAAGGGUGCUUUCAAGUUUUAAGGAGUUGAAGCAAGAGGGAAAAACAAGGAAGGAUUACAUAGAGCAGCUUAAAGUGGAUUUAAUGUCGUACUAUGGCUACAAUGAGUUCCUAAUUGGAGUUUUGAUUGAUAUGUUUCCUGUUGUUGAGCUUAAAGAACUCAUAGAAGCUUUUGAACAACCUCGACCUAUCUCUCUGCGAACUAACACCUUAAAGACGCGAAGGCGGGAUUUGGCUGGAGUUCUCUUAAACAGAGGAGUCAAUUUAGAUCCAUUGAACAAGUGGUCAAAGGUUGGUCUGGUUGUUUAUGACUCGCAAGUGCCAAUUGGUGCAACUCCAGAAUAUAUGGCUGGCUUCUAUAUGUUACAAAGUGCAAGCUCCUUUUUGCCAGUGAUGGCCCUCAGUCCUCAGGAAAAGGAACGAAUUGUUGAUAUGGCGGCUGCACCUGGUGGUAAAACGACUUAUAUCGCAGCUCUUAUGAAAAAUAGCGGAUUACUUUAUGCAAAUGAGAUGAAGGCCCCAAGACUUAAGUCACUAACUGCAAAUUUGCAUCGAAUGGGGGUGACAAACACUAUAGUUUGUAACUACGAUGGGAGGGAGCUACCCAAGGUUCUGGGUCAAAACACAGUUGACCGAGUUUUGUUGGAUGCCCCUUGCAGUGGCACUGGGGUCAUUUCUAAAGAUGAAUCAGUUAAAAAUUCAAAAAGUUUAGAAGAUAUAGAGAAAUGUGUGAUUUUGCAGAAGCAAUUGAUCCUUGCUGCAAUUGACAUGGUUGAUGCCAAUUCAAAAUCUGGGGGUUACAUAGUGUACUCCACUUGCUCCAUAAUGAUUCCAGAGAAUGAAGCAGUCAUUGAUUAUGCUUUAAAAAGGAGGAAUGUUAAACUUGUACCAUGUGGGCUUGACUUUGGACGUCCAGGCUUUGUCCGAUUCAGGGAACACCGCUUUCACCCAUCACUAGAAAAGACGAGGCGAUUCUACCCUCAUGUCCACAACCUGGACGGAUUUUUUGUGGCAAAGUUGAAGAAAAUGAGCAAUGCGAAACCAACUUCUGUACCUUCUGAUCCUAUAGAAUCUGUGGAGCAAGCUCUCGAGCCAAAUGAGAUCAAGAGCAAAAAUAAAACUGUUGAGAAUUUGCCGAAAAAGGAGGUUUCAAAAGCAAAAAAGGUCUUGACUAAUUCUGGUGCUGCCAAUGGGAAUGUGGAGUCCCCAUCCAAAACCAAGAAGGGAACAAAAAGGAAAUUCCCUCCUCGAGAAGAAAUCUCCAAAGCGAGGGAGAACAAGAGAGAGGCCUUGAGGGAAAAGAAAAGGAUGGCAACAGGCAAGAAGAGUGGAAAAAGUGGAUGACCAGCUGUGUAAAGCAAGAAGCACAGUUCGUAAAAACACUAAUGUCUUUGUUCUGCAUGGAACAGUCAGUGGCAUUGCAUCAAAAUGGGAUUGAAGAGCCGCCAAAGUAAGAAGAUAGGCAUCUGUGACGGAGUCGAAACUAAACUGAGGAAUCAAUUUGCUGAUCAAGUUCCUUGAUGGUUCUCCAGUGAUGUCUUGUUUUAGUUAUUACUUAUUUAUGAUGCCUAAUUUAUUUUUGACUGGGAAAUACAAGGACUUGUACUAUUACAAUAAUUUAUCUUCCUUUGUGAAAUAUUGAGUACCUAUUUGAUUGUUUAUUAUCAUUAUCAAGGAAGGGUGAUUUGGAUUUCCGGUUUAGAUGGCA